AUGAACUUCAGAACUUUCGCAAUCGCCCUCGUCGCCUGCGGUAUCGCUAGCGCCAGAGUGAUCGAAAAGCGUCAAGGCACGCCUGGCGCCAGUUACCAGUCGUACACGGGAACUGGCAACGAGGGCGGCGGCGGCUGCCGUGGCGCUAGAGUGCAACUUGGCUCCCACCUCCGUGGCCAGGAAACUACCUGCUAUCAAUCGAGCAACUCAGCGUGUAUAUCGCUCGUCGACAGGACGAACGGCGGCACUUGCGAGGUGCGCCUAUACACUAACAAUGAUUGCGAUGGCGACGAGGCUUUUGCGAUCGGACUUGCGGAGGUGGGAGACUGGGUUAACUACACUUUCGGGUCUUUUAUUGUUGAGUGCUUCUGAGUGCUGAGACGGCAAUAGUAGUAACCUAUUACUUGUAGGUAGGGCCCACUACGUGCCGGUGUAUCAUGCCGGGCGCGCCAUAAAGUUCAAGAAACACACACAUUCGUUAUCGAGUCG